AUGGUUGUGGAGUUUUUGUACAAACGCUACUGGAAGCAAUUCAUCGCCGUAAAUGUAGUUCACCUAGUAACCAUCGGGUACGGCGUCACGGUCGGAUGGACGGCUCCAAUUAUUCCGCUGCUGCGAUCAUCCGAAACGCCACUACCGGCGGGACCAAUCACGGUGGAGCAAGCAUCCUGGGUCGGAUCCUGUCUAUGCAUCGGCGGAAUGACAGGAACAAUCCUGUUCGCCCUAAUUCACACCUAUUUCGGCAAGAAAGUGGGACUGCUGCUGCUCGCCGUACCACACCUUAUCCUGUGGACCUUACUGUGGGUGGGCGACAACGUUUACUACAUCUAUGUUGCACGGGUUAUGUCCGGACUCACCGGAGGAGGAAUAUGCAGCAUCUUGCCGCUGUUUGUAGCCGACAUUGCGGACAAGAAGAUCCGGGGGACGCUCGGUUCGUUAACGAUUCUGCACAUAAACUUCGGUGUACUGGCGUCGUACACGGUCGGAAAUUACCUGUCCUACUAUACGAUACCAAAGGUCAUGCUUUGCCUGCCGGUGGCCUUCCUCGUGCUGGUCAGCCUGCUACCAGAAACUCCCUACUGUCUGCUGCGGAAGGGCAAAAUUGCCGAAGCAGAACAAUCGCUCAUGUUCUAUCGGAACGUCCCGGAUGCCGGUCACAAAACCAUUGCUUUCGAGUAUGAGUUUGAAAGUUUGAAAGCUUUCACUGCAGCGGAGAGCAGCAAGGAGGGGCUGACGUUCGCUGAUUUCAAAACACCGGCUGCUAUCCGAGGACUAUCCAUCGGCAUUUUCGUUAUGGCAUUGAACCAGUUUAGUGGGAUUUUCGCCAUUUUGACCUACGCAGGAACCAUCCUGCUGUAUUCUGGCUCAUCCAUUGAGCCCAAGUAUGCACUAAUUAUGCUGGCUUUAAUCAACAUCGCAGGUAAUCUAACAUCGUUCGCAAUCAUCGACAAAGCCGGUCGAAAGAUUUUCCUGUUGAUUUCAACGGUUGGUGUAGGGUUCAGCCUGGGCAUCCUUGGUCUCCACUCGUUUUUCUCCGAUCCAAAUGACCUCUACAUGGGUACUUACUCUUGGGUGCCAGUUCUUUGCCUGUCGUUAACCAUCUAUACAGCCGCACUCGGCAUCACCAACGUGCCGUUUUUCUUGCUGCCCGAAAUUUUACCUCCCAAACUCCGCAGCAUUGGCAGCACCAUCAGCAUGGUAUUGUUGUGCUUCUUCGCAUUCAUCAUGGUGAAGGCUUUCCCGAUUCUGUUGGAAAACGUGCACAUUCACGGGACAGUAUGGAUUUCCAGCGGCGUCUGUGCCGUUGGAGCGCUAAUAAUAGUGUUCCUGGUACCCGAAACCAAGGGGAAAAAUUUGAUUGUCGACGAAAAUAACAGUAGCAGCGACAAAGCUCGAACAAACGUUUACUAG